CACGCACACAUACACACACACACACACGCACACACACACACACACACACACACGGCGCGCAUAGACACACGCUCCCUCCCUCCGGGCUCCACUCCACGCCGCCAGCCGCGCACGCAGCCGGCCUCGGCUCCCCGCGCCCCGAGCCCGCCGCCGAGCGAAGCCGGGCUGGGCUCCGAGGUGCUCAUGGAGAAAGUGCCGGGCGAGAUGGAGAUCGAGCGCAGGGAGCGGAGCGAGGAGCUGUCCGAGGCGGACAGGAAGGCGGUGCAGGCUACGUGGGCCCGGCUGUAUGCCAACUGCGAGGACGUGGGGGUGGCCAUCCUGGUGAGGUUCUUUGUGAACUUCCCAUCAGCCAAGCAGUACUUCAGCCAGUUCAAACACAUGGAGGAGCCCCUGGAAAUGGAGCGGAGCCCCCAGCUGCGGAAGCACGCCUGCCGGGUUAUGGGAGCCCUCAACACUGUUGUGGAGAACCUGCAUGACCCCGACAAGGUGUCCUCUGUGUUGUCCCUUGUCGGCAAGGCCCACGCCCUCAAGCACAAAGUGGAGCCUGUGUACUUCAAGAUCCUCUCUGGGGUCAUCCUGGAGGUGAUCGCCGAGGAGUUUGCCAAUGACUUCCCACCCGAGACGCAGAGAGCCUGGGCCAAGCUGCGUGGCCUCAUCUACAGCCACGUGACCGCUGCCUACAAGGAAGUGGGCUGGGUACAGCAGGUCCCCAACACCACCACCCCACCGGCCACGCUGCCCUCUUCGGGGCCAUAGGACCCCUCCCAGCUCCCCCCUCCCUGGCAGCACUCUGAGCAGAAGGCUGAGUUUUGAAGACCCUCCUUGACCUUCCAUUUCUGGGUGCCAAGGAAGCUGGAGGAAUCCCCGACUUGACUUCCCCAAAAGGAGGCCUUUGCUGCGGCCGCAGUCCCCUGAGCUGCUGGGAGGCAGUGCUGGCUGUCUGGAUGCUGACCCCAGCACAGGAGGGUGGGCAGAGACCCUUCUGCGUCACGGGGGAGGAGGGCGCCCGCUCUUCUUAGCUUUUCUAUUCGCUGUUAGAGAAGGGGCCAAGCGCAAGUGGCUAGCAGGAAGCAGUCACUUCAGAAGGAACUAACCCAGCUUCAUUCUGCUGACCAGCAUGCAGGUUCACCUCACAUCUCUAGAGUAUCACACACGUCUACCAUAUAUACAGAUAUAUUCUAUAUACAAGCUAUAUAAAAAUAUAUACAUAUAUACGUACAUAUCUAUCAUGUGUACCUACGAACCCAGAAACCUCGGUCUUGCCCAGCUGUGGAGGGCUGGAAGGGAUCCUGGUCAUGCUUCUGGGCAGACAGCUGUAUGGGAAACAGGAGAAAGUCCUACAUCAGCACAGAGGAGGGGCAGGUUAGAGAGUUGGGGUGACCCAACUUGCCAGAACGGCCCAGCCCACUCUGAUCAGCUCUCCCACUUCUUGAUUCUUAGAGUUGUUUAAAAAAAAAAUCUAGCUUGCCACAUGUGGUGGUAUACAUCUGUAAUGCCAGCACUCAGGAGGCAGAGGCAGGAGGAUCACUGUAAGUUUGAGGCCAGCCUGGUCUACAUAGCAAAUUCCAGGCUAGCCAGGGCUGAAUGGAGAGACCCUGUUUCAAACAAAGCAAACAAACCCAAAAGAUCUGGCUCCCCCGCCCUCCCCCAAGAGGGUUUGGCUGACUGACUUGUCCUAGAAAGGCAACAGCCAGGGUAAAUGAGGGCUCAGAAAAAUCCCAACAGGAUGGCCACCAGGGGGCGAGGCCUCAGUAAACAGCCCUGGAAUGCCAACCUGCCCACUUCAACUAGCAGCAUGGCAAGCGGACCAGGGGCCACAGUCUUACUCCUUAGCUGAAACCCAGGACCUCCCACUCCUGCCCUCCAUCUGGCCACCAGUCAGUCCUCUUCAUCUAUCCUAUCAACCUCACUGGGGACCCCCGUGUGUGCCCCUUGGUCACAUGUAUCGUCCUAGAGGAUGUCUUGCUGCUGUGGCUCCUGUGCCUGAAUCUGCUCCCGUCCCACCCUCGUGCAGCCUCCCUGUUACCGCCCGACCUUUUGUAGUUUCUGAUGUCCGUAACCAGACCCAGCUGUGUCAUUAAACUGACUGUUCUUCCUGUA